AACGGAACAAAUCGCGGACGGAAUCCGAUCAGGUUUUUUUGUUGUGCUGCUUAUUUUACUAUACGAAAAGUUCGAUAUUUUGCAUGCUUAGCAUUUUAGUUACGCAAAUGUUUAAGUUAAGAAGAAAAUGUUGUAAUUAAUGUGCUAGUGAAAACAAACAGUGGAACGAUGAAUAUCGGGAGAUUGAAGUUGAAACCUAAGGGGAGCUCCGCUAGCAAAAAUAGCAGCUCCCUUUCGCCUGUCCAGGUGCCAUCAAGUCCGUCCCAGCUUUCGAACAAAUCGUCUACCUCACUCUUGGGUCGCACUGAAUCGUCAGUUCGCUUCAAGCUAGAGGAAGAAAUUAUCGGUAGUCUCAGUGUGAGCAGUUCCAGUACCGGUGCUAGUGCCAGUGGUAGCAACAAUGAGGAUAGUUUAGAGAUUAUGGAGGAAAUAGAUAUACCUGACGAUGAAAGCACAUUGGAUAACGAUGCUAGCGGUAGCAUAUCGGAAAACCUUAUGCUGAAUAUUGGCUCGGUAGAAAAUACACCACGGCGACAGUCCGUAGAUAACAGUCGAGCAGCUACUGAUAGGAAGAAACAGUUGUUUGAUAUUGAUGACGAACCAGUACCUGGUGGGUCGUUUGUUGGAAAAUUCGACAUCGAUGAGUUGCAACUGUCUGGCGAUGAAAUAGCUCAACAUUUUCAACCAUUAAGUGAAAGUGACGAUCAGAAAGAUGAAGAAAUCAAAAUUAGUGUUUUGCAACAAAAUCGCGAUAGGUCGUUAGUUGCAGAAGAGAUCCAAUGUGUGAAAGUUGUUUCAGAAAAUGCAUAUGCUCUAGAAAGUGAUUUGAUACCUAAAGCUUCUAAUGCAAAUCAAGGCUCAGAAAGCCUAAAAGUGUGUGAAUCCAAAAAGGAGUUAUCUCCGUUGAAUGAAGAUGUUGUAUUAAUAAAUGAUAGUAAAGUGAGUUUGAAAUCGUUGAAGAAGCUUCAGAAACAACCAAAUGUUUUAGAUAACAGUGGAGAUAACAGUUACAGUACCACAAAUGAUAUCUCUGAGUUAGCUCGGGAUACGGAGAGUGAUCGUAUGAUGAGUGAUAAUAAUGAUCGCAGUUCACAAAGUGAGAUGAUUCAUAAAUCUAUAAAAAGUGAUAAGGAAUCAUCAUCUCAAACCCUACCGCCAAUACAAAUAAGAAGCAAAAGUAUGGAAGCUAACGAAAAAAGCAAACAAAGUGAAGAUAAGCCUAAAUUUGCAAGUCUCGGGGUAGUGAAAUUGUGUGAAGAGCAAUCAGGAGUGCAUGAUUCAAGUGUAGAAGAAGAUAACUCCAUAGAAGAAAUGAUAACGUCAAACCCUUCGGUAGAGGCAUCGGCAGUGAACGAGAUGGAUGUGUCAGAGAUGUAUCAGUUCAAGGAACAAAGUGAAGAUUCGACGGACAGUAACGUGUCUGGUGAUUUGAAAGACAAAAUAUUGAACUCAAGCAAAUCUUUCGAAGAAGUCAAAACGCAGCAUGAUUUAGAUGUCCCGGAAGAUAAAAUAGAAGUUGAUAAACCUGUAAUGGUGAAACAAAUGGAAAAGGUUACCGAAGUUAAGGAAGCAUUAGAAGAUAUCUCUGAGGAGUCAGAACAAACGUUGACAAAUUCAAACCAUUCGGAAAAUCGACCAAUCACCGAUGAUGAGCAAUCAAAACCGAUAGCGGUUCUAGAAAAGGGCAAAGAAAUGCGCAAAAUACUAGAAGAUAAAAUUCUACAAAAGCCGCUCAAUAUAGAAAGUACCAUUUACGAGGACAACAAGGAAAACAUCCCGGAUUCCUUGAGUUUGAACAAAAGUGAUUUAGACAGUGUUGUGAGUUUGACCAUGUUUCAGGCAAUGAAUAACGAAAUAAAACAGUUGCAUGAAAUCAUUGCUACCAAGGAUAUAAUGUUAGAGGCCUAUUCGACCAGAGAUUCUUUGAAAGAAGCACGUCUAGAGUCGCUCAGAGAUCCAUUGCGAUCUAGUGACUCCAGUAGCCUAGCCACGAAUUCCACUGAGUACAGACCGCUGAACGAUGAAACAGUCUCCAGAAAAGAAUUGCUGCAGAAAGUGGCUGAUCAAAAUCAGUGGAUUGUGACGCUCGCAGAAAAGUUACAAGAAAGCAAUCAAUCACGCGAUCAGGAACGAUCAGAAAGUAUUAAAUUGAUUGCGGAAGUCAAUCGUCUCACUAAACAACUGGCGGAGAAUGCGGAUACAAUUAAACAAAAGCCGCAUUGGAUGCGUGAUCAGGAAAGCACAGGACAGAGAAUAUCUGAAAUUUCAAUAGAUUUAGUCAGUGAAACGGAUGAUGCCUUGUCCGAUUUUCCGGAUAUGUAUGAGGAGCGUUCUAACCGAAAUUCGCGAGAACGGCAACUGGAUUUAAAUUUGGAUAUUGAUUAUUCGGAACAAAACCCUCUGCACAUUCCAACUACCUUCAGCAAACAAUUAGAACAGUUUAGGAAAUAUCUAUCUCCAGAAGAACUGAGACUUUUCAAUAUGGUGCAAGAAAAAUUCGAUGAUUAUAUACAUCAAGAAUUGGAUAAAAUGAAAUCGACUAGUGAAGAUGAAGUCAAAGUUAUACAAGAACGACUUGUGGCGGAGAAAAAUGAACAUGAAACGGAAGUGAACCGACUACGAUUACUGUUGUCUAAUGUGAAAAGUGGCUCCGUGGAAAUCGAAGAAUUGAAAGGUGAGCUCGAGGCUCGCCAUACCCAGGAGAUGGACGAUUUGCGGACAUAUUUUCAGGAAAAAGUGGCCGAAUUCGAGAAGCAAUAUUCUGAAAAAGUGUUCUCCCAGCACAGUAGACAAAUGUCGAACGAUACGGCGUCCGACAUAUCGGAUCAAGAAGAAUUUCCGGAAGAAAACGGUGGCUACCAUUCCAAGCACACCAGUCCAAAACGUAAGGUGAAAGAAGAUAUCUAUCUCAGUCCAACGCAUAGGAAAAUUACUCCAACUACGAUCGAUACCACAGAGAGCAGUGCGGAUGAAGUGAUGGAAAUUGUCAUGGAAGCUGAAGAUGAUACCCACUUAAAUAUUGACAGUUUGCGAGAGUACUAUCAAAAUAAAGUAAAAGAAAUGAAACGGCAGCAUGAGCGGGACUUGAACGAGUUACGUAAAACGUUCCAUCAAUUCGAAGAGACAGAAGCCAAUACGAAAUGCAUGCCUAACAACGAAGACUCAAUCACGAUCAAAGUUGCAUCUCACACAAAUGCACCCAUGGCUGUAACAUCGGUAGAAAAUCCGGACUCUCUGCAGCCACCAACUGAUGUUUUACUAAUAAACAAAAGCACCAUCCCAACCACUAAUAUCACUACAGUGGAGAUUGGUACCGAACCGAUCGAUGAUCUGCACGAGAUAAUAGCGGACUACGAACGCCGACUGCAGGAACAGGUGGCGUUGGCUCGACAAGAUGUUCUGCGGGAGCUGGAAGUGCAGAUUCAGGCACUUCUAUCCGAUACAACCACGGAGGAUUAUCACUGGCCACCCGAACUUAUAUUGCUGAGGGAGAAACUAACGGCCAGAAGUCAGCUGGAGAUAGCUCAGCUCCAAAUCAAACAUGAGGAAGAGAUGGCCCGUGUGAAAGCAGAUUUUGAAAAGCAACUACAAUGGAAACUGAAACGGCAGUCAACGUUUGAUUCUGCCCGCGAUUUGGAUAAAAUCAUCAGUGAGCGCGACAGUUUCCGGGAGUUGUCGUCAACGUUGAGAUACGUUUUAUGCGAGUAUGUGAAAUAUGUUUCGAGCUGUGAAGAUGACCUGAACAAUACAGUUAUUGACGAGCUUCAUAAGUAUGGAAUUGUUCCAAAUAGUAACGACGAGCCACUGGAAUGUUCCACUUUGGACUUGAAUCUAUCUAACAUUUCGGCGUUUUCAACUAAAAAGUUUCUCAAGUUUACGCCGGAUGUUUCAGGGUUGAUUUCAAUAAUCGAAGAUCCUACUUUAUUGGAGUACAUAUCCAAAGAUGGUGCUAGCAACGAGGGUGCGAACAGAUCGUUAAACCUUGAUGAGUGUUUGGAAAAGUUGAAAUCAGAAGCAGAAUAUAUAUUGACAUUAUCGGAGAAGAUAGUGAAGAAAUCAUGCAUUAAGGAUGAAGAUUUAGAUAAAGUUUCUGAAAAAAGUGAUAGUUGUGAGGAAGAAGACGGUUUGAAGCGUAAAACUAUCAAAAAGGAUAGCGUUGGUGCAAGAUCGUUUGAUGAGAAUAUGGUUAGAGAGGGCGUAACAAUGGACAAAGUGCAAAUCAACAGCAGUAGCCUACCUACUGACUUAGCGGCAUUACAGUGCAGUGGCGAGCUAAAUAUUCAGUUGCAUGAGUUGAGGAAUGAAAAGCGUCAGUUAGAGAUGAAACUUGCUGAUGCAUUGAGUAAACAGAAUAGUUUGGUUGUUGAGUUGAACGAAACCAAACAACAUCUGCUAGAGCUCAACAGCCAGAAGUUUGAGAUAAGUGAAGGGUAUGGCACAAACGCGUUGCUCCCAUGUGCACAAAAGCAGGGAAACUCGUUUGUGGAACUGCAAGAAAGAGCAAAACAGAUUCUUGGUAAUACAUCUUCGGAUAACGAGAUGGAUAAUAGUGCAAAUUUACUACAAUUGGUGGAAGAUUUCUGCCGUGAAGGUGAACGAUAUAUGGAAAAUGGAAAACGUGACAAGCUCGAUCUUCAGUCUCAGAUCGACGCUGCCGAUAAACAACUGAAAGCAACGAGGCAGUUUUUGGAAGAUCAAGCUGCCGAACGGGAGCAGGAGCGCGAUGAAUUUGUUAAAGAGAUUGAAAAGCUCAAAGUGCAGCUUCGCGAAAAGGACAAGGAUAAGACCAGUUUCGAUCGCGUCAUCAAAGAGGAUGGAUUUUUGUGUGACAGUUGUAGUUGUGGUAUCGAUAAUCGGGAGAUUAUUGAAAAACUGGAAACAGCGGAACAACACUCCAAGGAGCUAUCGACUGAACUUGCCGCACGAGAUGACAAGAUACGAAAGCUAGAAAAUGAUCUCAAAGAUUCCAUCGACAAAGGCUUUACGCUUCGAGAGAUCAUCACUGAGCUGGAAACGCAAAAUGAGAGCAGAGGCAUCGACCAACAAGUUUUGGUGACAAAGAUAAAGGAGCUUGAGCUCUACAUCGACGCUCAGAAUCGCCAGAAUGAAUCAUUGCACCAGGAAACCGAUAUAGCCGUUCGAGGAUACGAUGACAGAAUCGCCAAACUAGAGGAAGAACUUCGGCAAUCUAAACCGAGCCUAGAGCACGGUCUGGUGUUGGAAGCUUUGACUGUGCAACUCCGUGACGUCGAGGAAACGCUCGAGCGAAAAACCAAAAAUCUAGAAACCCUGCAUUCCAAUUCAGCUGCAUCAUUAGUGUGCAGCAGCCCGUCGGAAGACAUUUCGGUGAAUCAAGACAGUCCGUUGCAUAGGAAAAAGUCCACCGAAAAUAGUUCGGUUCCUCCAUUGCCGGUGGACGAGGUGCAGCGGAUAUUCGACAAGCUUCACCGGCACACGCGUAUCGAGGACGUGGCCAUUAAGCGUAUCAAUGACCUAGAGAUGCAGAUCAGCAGCGUGCGCAACAGCUAUGCGGAACUGCAACACGAACGUGAUGUGCUGCAGGAGAGAAUGUCAGAGCAAUCACUCAAGAUUACCACGCUUCAAUCGAAGCUGGAUGAGCAACGGCUACGCGCGGAAGAGCUCCAUCGCCAGGGAACGUCUCACCUAACGGUCAAAGUUCACGAUCUGCAGAAUGAGCUGGUCAACCUAAAGGAAACUCUCCAGACACGCGAUAAGCAAAUUACUAGUUUGAAAAAUUUCUUGGAAAACAGCCAGCAGGUUAUCGAACGACAGGAGAAAGAACUGGCCAUGAAUCAGGCCGAUAACGACCGCAGCCAGUACGAGCUGAAACUAGAGGCGGAGCUACAGACCAAAUGUGACGAAAUCCAACAGCUGAAGAACAAAAUUCAAAACGAUAUGAUCAAUAAACUGGCACUGCCCGACCUGAUGGAAACCAUGCUGGCCGACAAGAAUGAAGAAAUUGAUCAAUUGAGGGAGAAACUCGGUCAACUACAACAACAACAACAAUCACCACAGCACCAGCCUCCGACGCCCCAACCCGGCCACGGAAAGGAAGACGACAACGCCCGCACGCUGAGCGACAUCGUAUCGAUUACCGAUUGCGACGAAUCGGAUAUGGUAAUGCGACGCUUGCCCGAGCAGAACGAGGGUUUCCUACCGGCGGCGUCGCACAGCAUCCCCAUGGAAACUCCUGCCAACUUUUUCCAUUCGAAAGAAUCUUAUCAAACCGCAUCUACUGCCCCCCGGAGUUCUACGCAACCUCCAUCCAGUACCAGCAAUGCGUCACCUUUGCAGCCCAUCACGCAGCUGCCGAAGCCAACCUUCUUCUCGACGGGAUUCGAAGGUGCAUUUUUGCAGGACUUUUCCGCCGUAUUCCCCCGACCGACUCCUUCUACCGGUCUUAGCAGCGAUGGUACACCGGAGUUUAUUCCGAGGCAUAUCAACUUCUCCUUGUUAGAUGAGCCUCGUUCUUCGGAAAGUAGGGAUCGCUUCCGUGAGCCAGCGUUCAUCGAAGAAAUUCGGGAGGAUGAUGAGAAGCUAGCACCUCAGGCUGUCGGAGUUGGCAGUGGUAAACGAUUGUCCGACAUUUCCGAGGACGUGAGUGAGGAAGACAAGGGUAAGCUAGAACAUGAACUAGAAUCGUUAAAAAUGCAAUUAGAUAGGAUAACUAAUGAAAAGAAUGAAGUAAUAGAACGUAUGCAAAGGGAAGUUCAAGAUAAAGUUGACAAAUUGGAAGAUCUACAGGUAGAAUUGGCCGCUAGAAACAAAUUAUAUGAAGAUUUGAUGAAGGAGAGGAAAGACCUCCGAGAGGAAUUGGAAAAAGUGAGAAGUGAACUGAAUCAGCUCGAGUCAGACGCGUGCAAACUGCAGCAAAAGGAAGAUGAACUUAAAGAGUUGGUUGAAAACAUGACUCGUAAGGAUCAAGAAAUGAGUGAUUUGAAAAAUCUUUGUCACAAUCUCCAAGACGAACUGACACAAUACUCUAAAGAUUCAGAAACAUUAAGAUCAGAACAACAGAAAAAUUCUCUAUUGAUUAAUACACUUAAGCAGCAGGUGGAAUCGCUCAACAAAACAAUCGGACAUAAGGACGAUUUGAUGUCGAAAUUAGAGAAGGACAUCCUAAACUACAGUAAGAAUGAAGAAAAGUAUCUCGAACAAUUGAAGGCUUUGGAUGCAAAAGAAAUUGAAUUGGGAGCCCUUCAAGGUAGCUAUAAGGAUCGGAUGCAAGAGAUUAAAAUACUCAACGAAGAUAAUAAAUUUUUGAAUGAGGAUAUCAAUCGGUUGAAAAACGAAAUAGCGAAAAGUUCGGCCAACUCAUCUUCCAAUCCUUCGUUUGUGCAGUUUCUCAAACAGAAUUGUGAAAAAAUCGAGGAAGAAUUGCGAGAAACCAAGGUUCUUCUGACGGAGAAAAUGCUAUCGCUAGAAAGGGUUAAAAUAGAUCUAACUAGUUGUCAACGUGAGGCUGAUGAUGUCAAAUCUCUGCUCAAGGAAAAAGAAAUGAUCAUUCAGCAGAUUGGAGAUGACGGAAAUAGCCUACACCAAGCACUUUCCAACAUUCAGAGUAAAAUGCAGGAAUCUAGUGAAACAGUGAAUCAACAGCUCCGGGAUGAACAAGAACGUAAUAGCAAGUUACAAGCUGAAGUCGAACGACUGAAAGCACUAUUACAAAGAAGUGACAAUUCAUCGAGUCCGAAGCCUUUUUCGGUUGAAGAGAUUGCCGAGCAACUGGAGAAAGAACUCAACUAUUCUGCUCAGUUGGAUUCCAGCAUAAUGAAGGCCAUUGAAAGCGAUGAUGUGAAUUCCGACGAUGAAGCGGACGAUGUUAUCAAAACGAAAGAACACUCAACGGAUGUUGUUCUGCUUGAAGAGCUUAGACAAAACUUACGCAUAGAAGCCGAAAAGGGUAAUAAGUUGAAAGAGAUGCUUGAAGUUGAAAAGCACAAUAGCAAUGCGAUUCAAAUGCAGGACGCUGAGAUAAUAGAAGCAAUGCGACUCCGCCUGGAGGCGGCCAUAGACAAUGAGGGUACGUUACAGAAGUUGCUAUCGGAAGAGAAAAGUAAAAAUGAGCGAUUGUCCGCCUUAAUGGAAGGAGUGCAACGAACGAAGUCGUUCGACAAUUAUUUAUUGAUGAAGAACAAGUCACCACUUGAAUCACCCUCUAGGAGACUCAAUCGAAGCAAUGAAUUCGAAUCAGAGGUGGUUGCACGCUUUGAGAGCGAAAUUAAGUUUUUGAAUGCACAGAAUGCGAGGGAACGUGAGCGUGCGACAGAUUUGCAACGAGUUCUGGAAAGGGAACGCAACAGGUUCGAAAAGGAAAUAGCCGACAGGAGUGAGUAUGGCGAACAGGUGAAGCGAGAACUAAUGAGGGUUACAAAGGAGAAGGAACGAUUAGAAGUUGAGUUGGACCACGAGCAGGAAAGGCUGCUUUUGUCCCACAAAGAGAUUGAAAGUUUGGAAAAACGAAUCAACGCUUUGCAAGAAGCGGAAUCAAUGCGUUCUUUGCGCAAGGAUAGAUCCACAGGACAAAACUCUCUUGAAUUCCAAGAGUUGCGACUUCGGUUGGAGAAUGUUGAGCAUGAACGAGCUCAACUGCACGAUACCAUCCGUAGUCUCAAAGCAGAGGUAGAACGUCGAAAACUGAAUGAAGUUAAACUAGUGGAAGCGCUAAGCCGGGAAAAUUCGUUAACGGAAGGCGCUCGUGGGUCAGUGCCCGAAGAAUUCCUCACUAAGUUGAAGGAUUUAAAUCGUAUGCUCGAAUCUAAUGCACGUGAAAAUCAUCAACAAGCUGAAACCCUACGGCUUAUGUGCGAAGAACGCAGAUCGUUGCAACAAAGAAUACAAGAGCUCGAGCGAUAUAAUGUAAACAGCUCUCAUUAUAAUCGUGACGAUUUGGAAGAACGGGCAAACCAUCUGUUUGGAAAAUAUUUACGCUCCGAAAGCCAUCGUAAAGCCUUAGUUCACCAGAAAAGGUACCUUCAGAUCGUGCUUACGACAUACGAGGAAAACGAAGCGAAAGCUUUACAGCUGUUAAAUACUCAAAACGUUCCCUUGGCUAUUCAAGGCCUUGCGAUCUCGAACUCAAAAGCAGAAGGCAAUCACCCCCGAAAAAGGACUUUCCGUGCCGUUGUGACCGCCAUCGUGGCAAUUGAACGAAUGAAAUUCAUCGUUCGAAAGUGGCAAGGAGGCAGACGCGUUUGCGCAAAGGCAAUCUUCUCCCAGCAAUUCACGCCACGACGAUCCCAAUCGGCCACAACCAACGUAUGGACUCGAUCUCAAAAUUCACACUUUGCAGAGUAUAAUGCGUCCCCACCGGCUCGAGAUCGAACCACGUUUCAUCCACCGGUAGUAAUGCAGCACCAGGCACAAAGCUAUUCCGGGCAGUAUCUCAGGCUGCCGGAAUCGCAACUUCUCAUGAAUGCCGAUCUUCGGGAACGAAUCGAGCAGCAGUACAAUCGCACGAAUCGGUAAUAAGGUAUUUUAUUAUUUGCCUAAUUAUCCUGUUCUAGUUGUUAACUUUAAGUAUACAAACAAUUGGAGCAAAAAUAUUCUUAGUUUCCAUUCUAGUUCUAGUCCUAUGGAAAGUACUAUUGGAUGUAUGUUUUGCUCAUAUUUUAUACUCUGUCACAAUCAGCUCAAACCAAAAAAUAACAAUAAAGUGUAAGAAAUGGAUAAGUUAAAUAUUUCUUUUUAUGUGAAUCUUUUUUAUUCACUCGUUAAAUCAAAGCAAUCAUGUUGGUAUAAACUGGACCGAAUAGUGCCUUAGUUUUAUAUCACUCAAUAUGAUAUGAUUUGAGAGAUAUGCUUACUAUAAAAGCUUACAAAAACAUACAAUGACAAAAUACAUGAUAUAAUGCGGCAACUAAGUGAUGAAACAUCAACGAUUCAUGCUUUGUACAGAUUCGGUUAAUCCUUGGUAACUAUUUGCCAUAUCUAUGUUUUUUUCCGUAAUAAUGACUACGAAUAUAAUUAAUUCCACAUAUGUAGACUCUUUGAGUUGUUAUUAUAAUUUCGGAGAUAAUCCAAGAUUGUCUUGGUCAUAAUGAUCAAGCUAGCCUUACUAUAUUUCAUCCCAAUUAAGUUGUUUCAAAAUUGCAUUGCAUUGCAUCUCACAUUGCUACCAUGACAAGAUUAGUAUUUCUACGUGCGUCUUAUUAGUUUAUGCAGAAAAAUGCCUCACAACAAUGUUGUAGUUUUAGACUCAAAGUAUGGAAUAAAAAGAUUUAUCUGAA